CUUUCUUUCUUGUUCUCUUAAUACUCUUGGAACGGAUAUUCCCAAAUGCAACCUCUCAUGUAUCUACCAGCAAAUGGAGACCCAUGCCCUCAUUGUAAAUCAGCAACUAGCUUUCCAUGGUGCCUUGUGCUACAUGCUGACCAUUUGCUGAUUGCUCUUUUGUUGCCUGGAUGAUGUUAUUUCCCUCGUUUUUCCUGCUUCGGCGGGGCUCUGGAGAAUGCAACGCCCGCACUAAGCCUGUUCCGGUAUGUUUCUGCCUGUUUUAUGAGGCUGCCACGGUAGACGCCCGAGGCAGGAAAAAAAACGUCCGGUUGGUUCCACUGCGAGAGGCUUUUUUUUUUUUUUUUUUUUUCUAUCGCGGGACCUUAAGAUCCCUUGGCUCCAAUUCUCUUCUGUUUCAAAUGCCUUGUUUGAUCUGUUCGGCGGACCCUAUUUACGCUCUUGGUUGUCCGCCAUGAGGUAGUUGCUCUCUUACGUCCCUCGCUCUGACACAUUUCGCCUUCGAUUUGCUUCCCUAUUUUUGGCCUUUUGUCUCACCGGUCUUGAUCGCCCCCCCAGAUUUCCUCCC